GAAAUUAAAAAAAUCACUGAAAAAUCAUAUUCCAAAUGAAAAUAUCAAUCCAUCAAUCAGAGUUGUUCAUACGUAAGCGGGGAUGUUUGAGUUAUCAGGAUAUACAAUAUAUCGACGAGAGAGUAAGAUUGUUAUCGUGCCACUCGGAAGAUGGGAAGCAACCCCGUGACGAGGACAGAGGAUGCUGUUCCCUGUUUGCCUUUUUUGUUUGAAAGGGAAGUCCAGUGACUUGGAUUAUAGUGGAACCCGACAAUUCCCUAUAGAGAGGGGAGGGGGAGAGAGUCCAGUCUAUGGAAUCAGUCAGAUGGCCGGAGUACCAUGGACACCCAGCCAACCCCACGUUUCUUUUUAGUAUCUUUUUCCCCCUCCAAGGUAUAGUAUUCGGGGUUUGCGCUGUCAAUCUUGUCAUCGUCGAGAUUCUUCGACUAAUGACCCCUUCAGUUUACUCUCUUAAGAUAGCACAUUAUGCAGCUAUAAGAAAAAACCGGAUAUACCUACAUAUAUAUAUAUAUAUAUAUCCAUACAUAAUAUUGGAAAAGACCAGUCCAAAACCUGAAGACGUCACACUUGAGUUUCUUUUGCCCCAGACGAUAUCCACAUCCCCUGAUUGGCUCCCGGGCACGGGAUGCCUCGGAGACAUCGAUGAACUCUCGACCAUAUUCUUGCGCCUUCCUCUUUUCAAAUCCUUCGUCGCAGACUCGCCGAUCCUCACCGAACUGCUAUCCAACCCCAGAUGCGCCGCGAGCUUUCAGGGGUUUUCUUUCUUUAGGAAGAUCUUGACCAUUCCCCUUUCGCCGGAAUUCGGAUGAUUCUUUCCCUUGUGCCGACCUCCACUCAGGUCCUAUCUAUACCAUACACACCCUCUCGAACCCUGUCGUCGCCGCGGGGAACCGCCCUUGGCUACAGAUACAAAUACAUACAACAA